UUUUAUGCACACAUUAAACAUCUGAGAAUGCGUAUUUCAUCCUAUGCAUUAAUACUAAUUUUCUCUCUCUUUUCCCAAGGUUUCUUAUUUUCUGUUUCAAAAUCGGUGCGAAAAGCAGAAGACGACAUGCUAUUAAGUACAUUCAGACUCGGAAAAGUAAUCCAGAAUGGAGGUAAAGCUGAAAAGUCACAGCCCGCAUCUUCGCUUGAACAUUAUAAAACCGAGGACAGCGGCUUUCUGAAUGAAGAGGAAGAUGGAGCCCCAAAGUUCUCUAACAUCGGCUCUAAGCACCACGACAUAAGCCACGGCCGACCGCUGAACCUGCCGCUUAAGCAGCUUCCACCUUAUUUUUCACUGGAGGAACCUGCAGCUUUUCCAGCUGAAGCUGAAGUACAAAGUAUUGAGUCGAUACAGGAAAGGAGAGAGACGGGGGAUGACGAAAAUUCCGCUAAAUUGCCUAUCGGAAGAAGAGAUUUUGACAUGCUCAGGUGCAUGCUGGGAAGAGUGUAUCGACCGUGUUGGCAAGUCUGAAGCACGACCGCAGGACGUUUGGAAGAGAAAAAAACCAUUUUCAUGAAAAUUAAAUGAUGCUGUGGUUUAAAUGUUUAUUGUGUAUGUGUAUUUUGGGGUGGCGGGAUGUCUAAAUAUUUGAAUGUCACAACAACACAUGAUCAAAUAACUGUACUUAUUAUACUGCAUUA